ACGUUUCUCUAUUUCUAGAACUCAUUCUGAUUAGUAGCGCUGACUGGAACAUUUGCACAUAGACAUAGUGAAAACUAAUAUAACAAAGGGACUUCGUUUACAAGUUCAGAAUUCGGACAGAAAUAUUAGAAAAAGCGCGUACGUCUAGACACUGUUUUAACACGCAUGCGCUCUCUUUUUUUAAUUCCGAUUAAGUUUUGAGACCUUCGAGCUACCGUAGCAGCGUUCGCUGUUGCCAGGAUACCCAACACAUCCGCCUAGUGACGGCCUACUGAGAUUCGGUACAGCCUCCGGGAUAUUAAAGCUGCUAACAUGUCUUACCGGGAUCUGAGAAACUUUACAGAGAUGAUGCGGGCACUCGGGUACCCUCGGCUAAUAUCAAUGGAGAACUUUAGGAGCCCUAAUUUCCCCUUGGUUGCUGAAGUACUUAUCUGGCUGGUGAAACGGUAUGAACCACAUACAGAUAUCCCUGUGGAUGUGGACACGGAGCAGGACAGAGUGUUCUUCAUUAAAGCGGUUGCCCAGUUUAUGGCCACUAAAGCACACAUAAAGUUAAAUACGAGGAAGCUGUACCAGGCAGAUGGAUAUGCAGUAAAGGAGCUCCUGAAGAUCACCACAGUGUUGUACAAUGCCAUGAAAUCCAAGGGCAUGGAGAGCACCCAGCUUGAGGACCAGGAAACAUCCACCUUCAAAUUUAAUUUGGGAUCUAAGAUUUCAGAUUUGAAGAUGGCCAGACAGCUUGCUUCUGAAAUCACCUCUAAAGGUGCAACAUUGUACGAUCUUCUUGGCAAGGAGGCUGAUCUGAGGGAGCAAAGAACAGCUGCCAUAGCCCGUCCCCUGGAGAUGAAUGAGACGGAGAGGGUGCUGAGAACGUCCAUCAAAGAAGUCUUGGAACAAGUGCAGAAGAUGAAAGACCUCAUGAGCAACGUUGCAUCCGACGAGCAGAACCUUGAGGCCAAAAUUGAGAAGCGCAAACAGGAGCUGGAGAGAAACCGGAAAAGGCUGCAGACACUUCAGACAGUAAGGCCUGCCUUUAUGGAUGAAUAUGAGAAGAUUGAGGAGGAACUGCAGAAGCACUAUGAGAGUUACCUGGACAAGUUCCGUAAUGUUUGUUACCUGGAACAUCAGCUGGAAGACUUUCACCGCGUGGAACAGGAACGUUUCGAGGAGGCCGAGAACACUCUGCGACUGAUGCAGAACAAACUGAGAGAAGAAGAGAACAGACUGCACAAAAAUGGCAACGGCAACGAAGACUCGGACAAUGAAUUCCAGGAAGACGAAGGCUCUGACGAUACGGACAACAUGGAGAGGAGAACAGUUAAACCUCCCAAUGGACGUAUGGUGACUAUGCAAGGAAGAACUACAAGUAGCCACAUCAUGGGGAUGAUGAAUGGAGGAGAGAGUGAGGAUGAAGAUGAUUCUGACGACAGUGAGAUAGAUGUAGACGAUGAAGAAGAUGAUGAUGACGAAGACGAGGAGGAGGACAUCAUGAGGGUGAGAGGUCACAACAAGGAGACGUCUUUAGGCAAACCUAGUCGGCGAGCACCAAAAGCAGAUUCACUUGUGGAAAGUGACAAUGACUUCUAGACAGGACCAAACCUUCAAAGCCUUGGGACUAAUGGCCCUACAUAACAAAACGAGCAACACACCAGUUCAAAGGCAUUUAAAGAGGAUGGUCCCUUUAAAUAAACUUUAAGCGUGUUAUAAA